AUGUCGUCCAGACCUACCUUUAAGCGCAUGGCGGACCGAGCCAACAUGCAAUACCAAGAAGACGAGGUCAAGUCGGCCGCUGAGCGCCUGUACUCCAAUGACCUCUGUAUGGACGCGAUCUACGCAUAUAUCCAGGAUCCCGACGGAAAUACGCCCGCAGUCUCACAUUAUCCUCGCUCUAUGAGGGGAUUCCGAUACUACUUAGGGCGGUUCUUUCACCACCGAGACUUAAGUAAUAUAGAUGAGUGGCUCUCCUAUGGUCUUCCGAAAAUCAGGUUACCAGGUACUUUAUGGCGUGUUAGCCUAUCGGAUAAAGAGGGAUAUCGUCGGACCGCCAAAUAUCUGUAUCAUACGGUCUCUGAGACAAUGAUCCGAAGGAUGAUAGAAUCCGACCAUGAUCCGGCGCGCAUGGAUGUCUUGUUCAAGGCUGUCAGACGCUUGGCCGUACACGAGAACGACAUCAAGAGGAAUUCACAGAAUCAAUGGGAUAUCAAGAAGACCUGUCAUCUGACACGGCUCGAGAAUCUUGAAAUUGUCAAUCUCCGUUCGGAGUGGCCUGCUUACACAUUCUCAGCCUCGGUCAAUUACAUCAGCCCGGUCUUGUUCUGGAUCGACGAAACACAUAUUAUAGCAGGACAAUGCCUGCACUUGGAAGGAAGCCUUCGCUGGCCGGAUUGGCAUCCGUCAGAGAACGCGUUUCUACCGGUCGCCGAUUCCGAAGCGACCUUGUUUCCAACCCGGAUCGAGUCCAUGGGCCGUCACUACCAAGCUGUGGGGGACCGUAUCUCCCAGACUGUGCAGGGACCAUGGCGCACACCCGAGACGGACGACGUUCCGAAAUCAAUCUUGAGACACAGGAACGACGUUCCCGAGCUGAUAUUGGUCGAACAUGCCAAACGCAUCAAGCUAGGCCGAGCUGAAGCGUCGCCCUUUGCCAAAUUGGGAACGUUGUUCUUGAAGGCGGACCUUUGGAGGGGGAGACACCAGGCCGGAUCUACCCCGGACGAACUCGUAACCUUACUGUCACUCUGUCCCAACCUGGAGAAACUCUGGAUCACGGUCAUGCCUCUUGUGGCGCAGCACUUUGAGUCUUGGCUAAUCAGACAGGCGGGGAGAUUGACCUACGUGUUCAUCGAGAACGCCGAUCUGGCUUGGCUGCCUCAUUUGACUUCCUGCCGCCGUGUUACACUCAAAUUCGACGUCGGAGACCACAAGGACCCGGAAGACCUUCGCAACAACCUCAGGUACGCUGCAGGGUCGUCCCGCCGCAAGCAAGAGGAAGAUAAUGCUCCUAGCCAGAUUGAACACCUUCGGGUGUGUCUGCGGGGCGGGUAUGAAAGAGAUCUGCCUUUCGAUGCCGUCGAAUUCGCAGAGUACCUGUGGACUUGCGCAUCGGAGAACACGAUGCUGGAGAUCAAGGUAUCUCGACAGGAUAGUCAGAGAGAUCAAGACUACAUGGAGCCGGAAUACAUGCGUGCAGUCGAGGCCUGCUUCGCGGCUCUACAGGGAAAGGCCUUGAAAUUGUAA